AUGUUAGCAUGGAAAGGCGUCGAAGGCAGGAUACCGACAAAGACAUUGUCGGAGCUUGAAAAAGGGGGAAUUCAUAUCAGCAACACAUUGUGCCCGGGUUGCGGAUACGAGCAAGAAACUGUUGAACACAUCCUCCUUAUGUGUUUGAUGUCGAAAACGCUAUGGUGGAUGGUCGGAUCAUGGUUGGGAGUAAAAGAUUUACAUUCUUGCUCAUCAGUGGCAGAUAUUCUUUCUUUUUCCUUGAAGCUGUAUAUUUCUAAGAAGAAGAAAAAGGCAGUCAACUGCAUAGUGAUGGCCACAUUAUGGAACAUAUGGCUGAGCAAAAAUGAGAAGGUAUUCAAAGUCGUGCAAUUUUCAAAUGCUAUAAUACUAGAACAAGUCAAUGAGUGUACUAUGUUGUGGAUGAACGUCAUAGCCAAAAUGGAGUAUAUAAUGGAGAAUUUAGUGACUGAAGAGUGGUACACUAGUGGUGUGAAUGUAAUAGAAAAUUAG